AUGGGAAGAUUGCACAUGGCAGUGGGAAAGGAGGGUGAGUUUGGAUUCCGUAUCUCCAGUAUCAGCUUAAAAUUGAUUUCUAACGUGGAUUUCUCCAUUUCUAGCAAAGGUGACAAUGACGAUGAGGACGCCGAGUCGAAAAAGCUUCGCGGAGCUUUGGCAGGGGCUAUAUUAACGGACAAGCCCAACGUAAGGUGGGAAGACGUUGCUGGUCUGCAAGGCGCGAAAGAAGCUCUCCAAGAAGCCGUCAUACUACCCAUUAAAUUCCCGUCACUCUUUACAGGGAACCGCCAACCUUGGAAAGGAAUUUUGCUUUAUGGGCCACCUGGGACAGGUAAAUCCUAUCUGGCCAAAGCAGUGGCCACAGAGGCAAAGAGCACAUUUUUCAGCGUGAGCAGUAGUGACCUCGUCUCGAAGUGGAUGGGAGAGAGUGAGAGGCUCGUUAAGCAACUCUUCAAUAUGGCUCGAGAAAAUAAACCUGCCAUCGUUUUUAUCGACGAGAUAGAUGCCCUUUGUGGUACCCGUGGCGAAGGAGAACCAGAUGCGUCACGUCGCAUCAAAACAGAGCUGCUUGUCCAAAUGGACGGUGUCGGCAAGGACUCAAGCGGAGUGUUGAUCCUUGGAGCGACGAAUAUUCCCUGGCAGCUAGACUCGGCAAUUCGGCGCCGUUUCCAGCGAAGGGUCUAUAUAAGUCUUCCAGAUAUGGCUGCACGGAUGAAAAUGUUCAAAAUAAGUAUAGGCAGUACACCGUGCGAGCUAACGGUGCCUGAUUACCGAACUCUCGCGGAACUGACCGAAGGAUAUUCGGGAAGUGAUAUAAACAUUGCGGUUCAGGACGCACUUAUGCAACCUAUUCGCAAGAUCCAAUCUGCCACUCAUUAUAAAAAGGUGCGUGAGAUCCCCCUAACCAACGAUUUAGUUUCUUUCACAUCUUUCAUGGCUAAUCAUUAUAUAUAG